AUGGCGGACUUCGAUACCUACGACGAUCGGGCCUACAGCAGCUUCAGCGGCGGCAGAGGGUCCCGCGGCAGUGCUGGUGGCCAUGGUUCCCGGAGCCAGAAGGAGCUGCCCACAGAGCCCCCCUACACAGCCUAUGUAGGAAAUCUACCUUUUAACACAGUCCAGGGUGACAUCGACGCUAUCUUUAAGGAUCUCAGCAUAAGGAGUGUACGGCUAGUCAGAGACAAAGACACAGACAAAUUUAAAGGAUUCUGCUACGUAGAAUUUGAUGAGGUGGAUUCCCUUAAGGAAGCUUUGACAUAUGAUGGUGCACUGUUGGGUGAUCGGUCACUGCGUGUGGAUAUCGCAGAAGGCAGAAAACAAGAUAAAGGUGGCUUUGGAUUCAGGAAAGGUGGACCAGACGACAGAGGCUUCAGGGAUGAGUUCUUGGGAGGCAGGGGAGGGGGUCGCCCAGGUGACCGGCGAGCAGGCCCUCCAAUGGGGAGUCGGUUUAGAGACGGCCCGCCCCUUCGUGGAUCCAACAUGGAUUUCAGAGAACCAACAGAAGAGGAAAGAGCACAGAGGCCACGACUCCAGCUGAAACCUCGGACAGUUGCAACGCCCCUCAAUCAAGUAGCCAAUCCCAACUCUGCGAUCUUCGGGGGAGCCCGACCCAGAGAGGAAGUCGUCCACAAAGAGCAAGAAUGAGCUGGCGGCGGGA